UCUGCUAGCAAGCACCGAGGACGUGUUAUGAAAUUCUCAAAUCUGAAGUUUCACUCUUGUCUGGGUUAAGAUACAAACAAACGGUUGUUUUUUGUUUCAGUUGCUUUCGUAUUAAUUAUAAUAUUUGAAAGAUGUCGAGCGCGGUGACGAGUAAAAUUAUAGAAACCCGAGUAUACGAUGGCCAAAAGCCGGGUACAUCCGGAUUGCGAAAGGCCGUGCGGGUUUUUAUGCAAGAACAUUAUACAGAAAAUUUCGUUCAAGCAAUACUGCAAGCUCUUGGAGACCAAUUGCCUGGUAGUACGUUAGUUGUAGGUGGCGAUGGAAGAUAUUACGUGAAAGAAGCGGUCGGAAAAAUCAUCAAGAUCGCUGCAGCUAACAAAGUAAAAAGAUUAAUAAUUGGCCAAAGUGGGAUACUUUCAACUCCAGCUGUAUCUACUAUAAUAAGAAAAUAUAAAACGCAAGGAGGAAUUGUUCUAACAGCAUCUCACAAUCCUGGUGGACCAGAUGCUGAUUUUGGUAUAAAGUUUAAUUGUGAAAAUGGUGGCCCUGCUCCAGAUCAUGUCACAAAUAAGAUUUAUGAGAUUACUAAAGUGCUCAAGAGCUAUAAAAUUGCUCCUGAUAUAACUGUAGAUGUAGACAAGAUACAGAGUACUACAAUGCAGGUGGAUGGAAAUCCAUUUACAGUAGAUGUAGUAGAUUCUGUGAGUGAUUACUUAGAACAUAUGAAAAAUAUCUUUGACUUUUCUAGUAUUAAAACAUUAUUGCAAGGAAGUAAUAAUCAUCCUCCUUUUAAAGUUCUUAUUAAUGCAAUGAAUGGAGUUACGGGACCGUACAUCAAACAAAUAUUUAUAAAAGAGUUAGGCAUUGAUAAUUCAAGUAUUGUUAAUGCUGAACCAUUAGAAGAUUUUGGUGGACUUCAUCCUGAUCCAAAUUUAACAUAUGCCAAAGGCUUAGUAAAUGCUAUGAAAGAUGGUCCAUAUGACUUUGGUGCUGCUUUUGAUGGAGAUGGGGACAGAAAUAUGAUAUUAGGCAAGAAAGCUUUCUUUGUUACACCUUCUGACUCAUUAGCUGUAUUAGCUGCAAAUUUAAAUUUAAUACCAUAUUUUAAAAAAACUGGUGUUAAAGGAUAUGCUAGAUCUAUGCCAACAGGUGCUGCUGUAGAUAGAGUUGCAGCUAAAAAUGGUAUUAAACUUUAUGAAGUACCUACAGGCUGGAAAUAUUUUGGUAACUUAAUGGAUGCUGGUCAUCUGUCACUUUGUGGAGAAGAAAGUUUUGGUACUGGCUCUAAUCAUAUUCGUGAAAAAGAUGGAAUAUGGGCAUGUCUUGCAUGGCUUAGUGUAAUUGCAAGUCUUAGAAAGUCUGUAGAAGAAAUAUUGUUGAAUCACUGGCAGAUAUAUGGAAGAAACUUUUUUGUCAGGUAUGACUAUGAAAACUGUGAUUCUGAAAUGGCAAACAAAAUGAUGCAACAUAUUGAAUCAGAAUUACAAAAACCUGAGCUUGUGGGCUCAAAAUUAACAUCUGAAAGCAAAACAUAUAUUGUGAAAUUAGCUGACAAUUAUUGUUAUACAGAUCCUGUUGAUGGAAGUCAAGCUAGUAAACAGGGAUUAAGAAUACUAUUUCAAGAUGGUUCCCGUAUAAUUUAUCGUUUAUCUGGUACGGGAAGUUCUGGAGCUACCAUUCGUGUAUAUGUUGAUAGCUAUGAGGAUGAUCCAGCAUCUUUAACUAAAGAUGCUCAAGAAAUUCUAAAACCAUUGGUUACUAUUGCAUUAGAAAUAAGUAAAUUACGUGAAUUUACUGGUCGCGAUGCACCAACCGUGAUUACAUAA